CAACCCUUCAGCCUCAGACAUCGACUUCAAAACUUUAAACCAUGGUUCCUAGUGAGCUCAGUACUGGACUUCACUACCUUGCACCAGAAAACCCGAUCCUGAUUCCAGACAACCUUGGAAUGAUGCAAAACACAAUCCCAGGUUUUCAUUUCGAUAGAUUCUUAAACAUCCAAUCCAAUUCCCACAUCCCACUGCCCGCUCAUGAAUUCAUUGCACAGUCCUUGUGUACUUCAACUUCAGAUGAAGCGGAGGAACACCAGCUGAGCAGGAUCAUCGACGAGCGGAAACAACGAAGGAUGAUAUCGAAUCGAGAAUCCGCUCGUAGGUCGAGGAUGCGGAAACAGAAGCACCUGGAUGAACUUUUGUCACAGGUAGUCAGGCUUCGAAAUGAGAACCAGUCUCUCAUAGACAAGUUGAAACAUGUAUCAGACUGCCAUGACCAAGUUGUUCAAGAGAAUGCAAGACUCAAGGAAGAAGCCUCCGAUCUUCGUCGAAUGGUGACGGACUUAAGAACUGGCAGCCCGUAUUCUCUAGCAUUGAGAGAGCUGGAAGACGUUCCCUGCUACACUGCUUACCUGAGAGCUGAGCCGACAAACCAAUCCAUUGCUAACUCUGUAGAUUUGCUAUAUUAAGAUGAGAGUUACACUUAUGCCGCAAUAAAUAACAAUCCUAUCAGUCUAUGUUCCUCCUUUUCCUUAGUUUUAGCCACGCAAUAACAUCUAUUAAUCAUUUUAAAUACUA